CCUUGUGGUGAGACCUGGAAAUCGAUAUUAGUUGCGAUAAAAGUAAAAAAUAACGCAAGUAAUGUCGAGCUAAUGGCUGCAUUUAAAUUCAAUCAAAAUUAACUAUAUUCUAUGAUGUCUUUUUGUAUCUCUUUCGGCCUAUUUUUUAGAUUAAGUUGAAUAACUGAACAAUACGUUCAGAUAAUUUCAUCGUUCGUGUUAACUUGGAUUAAAAAACAGUCCCUUUUCUUCAGAAGUUAUGAUCGUGCCUAAAAAGUGGAAGAAAAAAGACAAGAGAAAGGAAGAAACGAUGAAAUGAGAAAUAGUAAAAUUGCACAGCAGCUGUAUCAAGAUAGUCAAAGGGAGAUCCACGCAUUAUCAACUACGAGUACCACCGAGUAGUAGAUCAGUGACGUCGAAGAGGUUAUGUUUACAAACUCUCUUGUGAUUUAACAAUAUAUUUCAAUUUGUGGAUAUGGAAGUUCUCGAGUUAAAGGAUGUGAAAGCAGUUCCAGAUAUAAUUCAUAAUUAUCCCCAUAAAAUAAAGGAUGAGGCAAUACCGUUGGUUGUAGAUAAUGGUUCAUACAAUUGUAGAGUUGGUUGGGCUACAGAAAAGGAACCGCAAUUAAUAUUUAAGAAUCUCAUAGCAAAGCCCCGAAAGGAACGUGGUAAGAAGGACGGAGAACCUCAAGUAGGAAAUGACAUAGCAAAUAUAGAAGCAGUUAGAUUUCAAUUGAAAACUCAGUUCGAUAGAAAUGUUGUGACGCAUUUUGAAGCUCAAGAACAAAUAUUCGAUUAUACCUUUACGCAUAUGGGAAUAGAUACAGAAGGAUCCGUGAAUCAUCCAAUUAUUUUAACAGAAGCUUUCUUAAAUCCAAAUUAUUCUCGAAAUUUAAUGGCAGAACUUUUAUUCGAAUGUUAUAAUGUACCAUCCAUAGCAUAUGGAGUCGAUUGCUUAUUUUCAUAUCAGCAUAAUAAUUGUCCUCCUGAUGGUUUAAUAGUUAGUAUAGGAUACCAUACAACUCAAAUAAUACCGAUAUUGGAUGGCAAAGCGGAUCCAGUCAAUUCUAGAAGAAUUAAUAUCGGUGGUUAUCACAUUACAUCUUAUAUGCAUAGAUUACUACAACUUAAAUAUCCUGUACAUGUGAAUGCGAUAACUCCAAGUCGUGCAGAGGAAUUGAUACAUGAACAUUCCAUGAUCGCAUUGAAUUAUCAAGAAGUAGUAUCCAAGUGGGCAGAUCCAGAUUAUUACGAUGCAAACGUAUUAAGAGUUCAAUUACCUUAUGUUGCACCUGCAAGUACUCCUGGUUUAACAAUCGAACAACAAAAAGAAAGGAAAAGGGAACUGGCUCGAAGAUUGAUGGAAAUUAAUGCAAGGAAGAGGGAAGAAAGGUUGGCUGAAGAUGAAGAGCAAUUAAAUCAAUUAUUAGCCAUACAAGAUCUUUUGGAAGAAGGUGAAACGGAUGAAUUUGAUCAAGCAUUAAAAACUUAUUCUUUGGCAAAUGAGGCUGAUCUAAUAAAAAUGAUAAAUAAUUUGCAAGCGAAAGUAGAACGAACCAGACAAAAAAUUGUUGCUGCAAAUUCGCAAGAGGAGAACAUUGUUAUGGAAGAUCAAAAACCAAAAAUUAAAUCAAGCCUUCAACCGAAAGAUCAGCAGGACUUUGAAGAAUGGAUAGCUGGUGUCAGAAAAAGACGACAAGAAAUAUUAGAUAAACGUAUGGCGAAAAGACAACGUAGACAAGAUAUGGCCAAACGUAGAACAGCAGCAGCUCAGGAAAGAAUGCGUAUAAUUAGUCAGCUAGCGAGGAAAGAUAAACGAGACGAUGAUUUUGGUAUGAGAGAUGAAGACUGGGAUGUAUAUAAAGUUAUUAAUAGGGAAGGUGGAGAUUCUGAUUCAGAAUUGGAGCAAGAAAAACUAAUGGAACUUGAAGAUGUUUUACGUCAUCACGAUCCAGAGUUCGAUGGAGCUGGCUCUAGCGUUCCCAUGAUUCCUGGUGAAACCCAUCAAUUGCAUGUAGGAGUAGAACGUUUAAGAGCAGCGGAAUUACUUUUUCAACCUUCAAUGAUUGGAUCAGUUGAAGCUGGGAUAGCAGAGACUAUUGAAUUCGUUUUAAAACUUUAUUCUCCUGAGCAACAAAAACGAUUAGUAAGCAAUGUUUUUCUCACCGGUGGACCAACAGCUUUACCAGGAUUACUUGAAAGACUGAAACGUGAACUUAAAGAAAUAAGACCAUUUGGUUCUAACUUUCAAAUAAACGUAGCGAAAAAUACUAGUCUAGAUUCGUGGUAUGGUGCAAGAGAUUUUGGUUUGAGUGGUAAUCUGCCAGAAUACCUCGUAACCCGUAAAGAGUACGAAGAGAAAGGUGGUGAGUACUUGAAAGAGCACACUGCAAGUAAUAUGUAUACUCGAUCACCAGAUCCCUUACCCAUAUUACAAGUUCCUGUGACAUGCGAACAAGUAAUCGUUGAAGAUGCAAUAAUAGACGUUGAAAUUGAAUGAAUAAAAUUUAAUUAAUGAAAAUUGAAGAUCACUUUACUAAUAUUUAAUAUCUACAAAUUUAAUAAAAAGGGAUAGAAUAAAAAAUGAUAAGUUUUUAAUGGUUACUACUUUAUUACACAAGUGUUUUUGUUCGUUCAUUUUAUUACGAACAAACUACAUUGUAGUCUGUUUACUAAUUAUAAUAUACAUUUCUUUUACAUCGCACUUUAGCAGUCAGAGACAAAUAUUUGGAUACAUUUUUCGUUCUUUACUCUCUGAAAACAGUCGAUAUCUGUGCAUAGAUACUUUUUGGAUGGCCUAAAAAAUGUGAAAAUGAUCCCUCACCUUAGCAGCAGUUCAAUUGAUUACAGCGACCUCAGUAUAUUUCUUUGAGUUAAUGUCUUGGCUUAUGCUAAAAUCACAAUAUCACAUAACAUAUUGAAAAUAUCAUUAACUCCAUUGUAACAUUUAUCGCUAAUAUUAAUGACCCUGCAUAUCUCAUUCAGAGAAAAAGGAACGUCCUGCACAAAAUCAAAUCAAAUCAAAUCAAAUCAAAGUAAUAUUCAAUAUCAAUCAGACGUGCUAUAAUAUAUGAAAAACUUUUCAAUAUCCUGCUAAACAUAAACUCAUAAAACUAUAGCAACAGAGCACAUCUCUUUCAUUAGUCAUUUACAUGUUGCUUUUUCUUUUUUGUUUUUGUUUUUAAUAUCUAUACAAUUUUUAUUUCACUUCGUAUUUAUACACGAUUACAUUUCUUAACGUACUAUAUUAUCAAGGAACAAAUCACAAAGGUAUUUCUACACACUUUAAGGGCAAAGUUGCAGAUGUUUCCUGAGGAAUUGUCCAAUAUAUCAGAUCAAUUACAUACACUUUAUGAUAUCGAUGAGAUACAUUGGAUCAAAUUUCCGAUGGUUACAAAAGCUUAUAGUAAAAUGAAUUCUUUUUCUUUUUUUUUUUUUCUUCUUAUGUGUGUAUAUGUGUGUGUUUUCAAAAAACGCAUGUCAAACAUAAUACAACAAAUCCUUAAUUUAAGUAAUAUCCAUCGUUACUAUCACAGGUUGAGGUCACCGCAGAUCAAUAGUGUUUCCAGGUAUUUCAAAUAAUAUACCAUGUAUUUUCAUUGAUAAUACAUGGAAGGUUUAAAAGCGCACAUAAGUUUUGAUGCGUGGAGGACACCUACGUAGUACACUCAUUGUAAUAAACUUGAGGUAGAAUUCGAUCCGAAAAAGUAGAACGCGCAAUUUCUAAUUACAUGUGCUAAAAGUGAGGGGGUCUACUUUCUUUAACAAUAAUCUCUUAUAUUAAUUAAAAAUAUAUAUACAUAUAUAUGCAUAUGUUGUAUACAUAUAUAUAUAGCAUUGAUAUAUUGCUGUAUAAUAAUAAUCAUAAUAGGAAUAAUCAUAAUUAUAAUCAUAUAAUCAUAAUAUAAUAAUCAUUUGUAAUAAUAAUUAACACAAAUAGUUAAUGUUAGAUAAUAUAUAAGGGCUGCAUAUACACAAUAAGGUAAAUGAUGACAGUUAUAUACAGUACAUACUUGCCUUAAUUGUACCAUCGUUAUAUAAUCUAAUGUCGGGUACUAAUUAACAUAAAAAUAAUGAUAUCUCGUUAAUUACGAUACUAGUAAUAAUAAUAAUAAUAAUAAUAAUAAUAAUAAUAAUAAUAAUAAUAAUAACAAUAAUAAUAAUA